ACCAACAGUUACCAUCCUCGGCUAUCAUUUAGUUACUGUCAUACUCCGACGACCGGAACUAACAACGCACACGCAGAGAUCAUCGCCGUUCUCAGGGGUCCGGGCGCCUCCACCACACUUUUUACAAGGAAAGGACGAAGGACACACACAGCAACCAUCCCUCCAGAGCCAGAAGAAACAUUGUCAGUGAUUCGAACUCAGUGAUCGGUUACAUUAUCCCCAGUUUCUCUAUAUUUCCAUCAUCUCGUUAAACGUGUACGAAGAACUUUCGGCUAUGAGCCUCCCCGGUAGCGGAGUGGACAUGUCCACUCUGAUGUCGCAGCACCCGGUGCUUGGCGCAAUUCCACCCUCGUUUUUUCUGCGGGCCUCCGAACGAUACCAGAGGACACCGAAAUGUGCGAGAUGUCGUAACCACGGCGUCGUCAGCGCCCUGAAGGGCCACAAAAGGUAUUGCCGCUGGAGGGACUGUGCUUGCGCCAAGUGCACCCUCAUCGCCGAGCGGCAGAGGGUUAUGGCCGCACAGGUCGCCCUCCGGAGGCAGCAAGCUCAGGAGGAGAACGAGGCCCGAGAGUUGGGUCUACUCUUCCCCACAGGACAUUCGGAAAACUCCGCCGGAGUCAUACCUCAACAGCAACAACAGCAGCAGCAACAACAACAGCAGCACCAGCAGCAACAACCACCUGCAGAUCAACUGCAGAGACCGAACGCCUUUGCUCCAAGCGAAAACAGUGCACCAAACAGUCCAACAGGCGGAUGCUCGAAACGCACUAGGAUCGAAGAAUGCUUCAAGCAGGAGGAGUCAGAUUCCUCUGAUCAGGAGGAUAUCAAGAGGGCGCGGCAUUCGCCGUUGAUGACGAUGCCCCAGGUGUCUGCCACCUCGGCGCCGACUCCAUCACCUGAACAAACGUCACGCACGCCCGAUCCCGAUCUCGAUGUGGAGGAUGAUAACACCGGUGAUGCCCCGGAGAACCUUUCACUGAAGAAGACUGAGAGUCCUCCGCACCAGCUCCAGCACCAGCAGCCGCCCUUCAUGCCCUACCAUCCAACGUUUCCGCCUCAGUUCUCGCCCUUCCAUCAACAAUACCCCAAUCAUCAAAGGUCGCCGGUGGACAUUCUGCUCAGGGUUUUCCCAGGAAGGCGCCGCUCAGAUAUCGAAACGAUCCUUCAAAGGUGCAAAGGAGACGUGCUACAAGCGAUGGAGAUGAUGGUGAGCGUGGGCGUCGGCGGUGUCGGUGGUAUGUUGAGCAAUCUGCAGGACGAGAUACCAACCCCAUCGGCGUUCUCACCACUGGGUCCACCAACAAACUUCCACAGGUUCUCACCCAGCAGGAGAUUCCUGUCGGCGCCGUACGCCGGCACCGGAUACCUGUCAACAGUGAUCAGACCGCCGCAAGAAUACGGCCUACCACUCGUCCAUCACGACCUCUACUCCAGCGACAAGACGACUGCCUCCUCUCCAGCCUCCAAUACCGGAUCCGAUAAGACCUCGUAUUCGGAGUAGAGUAGAUGAAAAAUCAGGAAUCAUGAACUCCGCGUUUGUUAAUGCGAGACUGUGAAUGAGAGCGUGCGCUUCCGGUCGACCGGAUCCAAAUUUAAUUAGGAAAUACAUAUGAAUCGAGUUUCGGGGAUCGCGUUUUAGGGGUUGCGGCUAUUGUGCUCCUGUAGCGACCAGAGAAUCGCGCGGUAUAAAUUAUAUUAUACCCGGUAGUUAGAGGCGCCCCUUUCUAGUGUGCCACUAGAAACCAAUCCUCAUAUAUACAUACACACAGACACACACAUAUAUAUAUUAAAACCUUCCUUCCCACCAGUCGCAAACCCCAACUCACACUCAACCCAAAACAUACCCCGUGUCUCCCUCCUAACCACCCCGCAACGGCCAUCACCCAACCUCCCUCGAUUCCUUUUUAUUAAGUGAUAUCCUAUUUAUAGUCUAUAACUCACCCCUCAUAAUACUAUACCU